AUGCAUAGCCGCAUGUCUGCUGCUGCUGCUGCUGCUGCUGCUGCUGCUGCUGCUACCCCGCCAUCAGUGGAGAGACACGACAGCUUAGCUGUAGAGCUAGCAGCAGGAAACGCUCAGCACCAGCAGCAGCAGCAGCAGAAGCAGCAGGACAAGCAGCAGCAGCAGGAGAAGCAGCAGCAGCAGCACCAGGAGCUGCAGCAGCAGCUGCAGCAGCGGGAAGAAGAGGUGCAGACACUGAGGGAGGCCCUUGCAGCAGCAAAAGAAGAAGAGGCAAAGAAGGAGGAGCAGCAGCAGCAAAUGCAUCAUGAGCUGCAGCAGCGUAUUAAGGAGGCAGAAGAAGCAGCAGCAGCAGCUGCUGCUGCUGCUGCUGCAGCAGAAUCACAAAGACAAACAGAAGCGCAUGCAAGGCAGCAAGCUGCUGCAGAUGCUGCAGCAAAGACACAGGAGACAAAAAGAAUAAAGGAAGAGUUAGAGGGGAAGGAGGAGACAAUUAAGGAGCUGCAUGCACAAUGUGCUGCUGCUGCUGCUGCAAAGGAGACACUGCAGCAGCAGGUCGACACACAGACGGAGCAGCUGCAGCAGCUGCAGCAGCAACUGCAGCAGCUAGAGCAACAGAACAACGAUCUGCUGCAGCAAAUAGGGCAGAAGCAGCAGGAGCUGCAGCAACUGGAACAGCAGCAGCAGCUGCUCAACGAACAGUUAGAGCAGCAGCAGCAAGUGCAGCAGCAGCUGCAGCAGCAACAGGAGCAGCAAGAACAGCUCCAGCUGCAGUUGCAGCAGCAGCAGGAGCAGCGAGAAGAGAUGGAGACACUGCAGCAGGAAGCAAAGCUUCGACAGCAGCAGCAAGACACUGAGCUGCAGCAGCUGCAGCAGCAGCUUGCUACAGAAAGGAGACAAUGUGAGGAGACACUUGAGCAGCUGCAGCAGGUAAAGCAGCAGCUGCAGCAGACAAAGGAGGAGAAACAGCAGCAGGAGGAAGCAGGGACAGCAGCACAACAGACAGCAGCAGCAGCAACAGCAGCAGCAGCAGACCUGAAGGAGACACUAGAGGAGACAGUGCAGAGACACCGCAAAGAGACAGCCGAGAGAGAAGCAGCAAUUGAGGCCCUGCAGCAGCAACUGCAGCAGCAGCAGCAGCAACUGCAGCAGCAGCAGCAGCAACUGCAGCAGCAGCAGCAACUGGCUGACUCUCUUCGGGCACAAGUUGAAGAAGCACAACAGCAGCAGCAACAACAACAGCAGCAACAGCAGCAGCAGCAAGAGCAGCAGCAGCAGCAGCAAGCAGCUAGUGAGGCUGCUCAUGAGCAGGAAGUAGCUGAGCUGCAUAAUCAGCAGCAGCUGCUGCAGCAGCAACUUGAGCAGCUGCAGCAGCAGCUUGUGCAGCAGCAGCAGCAGCAAGAGGAGACAAAAGAGACACUAAAUAAGACAGCAAAAAGAUUAGCAAUAGAGAAAACAAAUAGAAAAGAAAAGGAGACACUUAAUGCUGCACUAGAGGUAUAA